AAAAAGCAACAAGCAAAAUAAUUGUUGCUUUCUAUUUCACAGGGCUCCUUUUAUUAUAUAACCCCAUCACCUCAAUUCCUUAGCCUUGUAGACAAUCUUUCUCUCUCUGGCUUACUCUCUCCCAGUGUCCAUGUCUCUAAUCCAUGUAAAAUCUCCAGAACAUUGUGCCAAAAAAGGUUUAAGCAUUGACAAGCGCUACAAGAAACUAUUCUACGCGUUCUUUACGUUUCUGUUUUCAAUUUUAUCAAUCGGAUUCAUUAUAUAUUUUCUUUUACAUCCCUCCAAGCCAGAAUUUUCCCUCAAAGAAGCUGAUAUCUACCAACUUAACCUCUUCACAAACCCGCAACUUGUCAACUCCUCUAUUCAGCUUACCCUACUCUCUAAGAAUCCUAACCAGAAAGUUGGCAUUUACUAUGACGAACUACUAGUUCAUGCAUCUUACAAGGGCCAACAGAUCACUGUUUCUACUUCACUUCCUCCAUUCUACCAAAACCAUGAAGGUAGUAACCUCCUCACAGCUUCUUUGACAGGAAAUGGAGUGCCUGUGGCUUCCUCUUUUCGCUAUGAAGUAAUACGUGAUACAACUGUCGGAAAGAUGGUCAUGAAUCUUAAAGUUAAUGGCAGACUGAGGUGGAAGGUGGGUACUUGGGUUUCAAGAAAGUACAGAUUUAAUGUAAAUUGUGCUGCUAUUAUGCCUUUUGGACCUUCCAUACCAUCCGGUCCUCUCAGCUCCAAGCAAGGGACUCAGUGUACCACUACAGUUUGAUGAUUAGUAAUCUUUUGGCAAGCUUUUAUUCAUGGCAAAUGAAGAAAUUGACUGAAAGUUGCAACAUGAUGAUAAUGGAGAAAAGCUUGAUUGUGUUGGUUUACCUUAUCAUCUCCUUUUCUUUUCUUACUUUCUUCAUUUUUGCUUUACAGGUGAUCUACUACUAAGUAGAUUUGUGUAUCAGGAUAUUCUAAUGGACUAUUGAAAUAUCGUAGGAAACUAUUUGAGCUUUGAUUUCUU